AUGCAGCGUUUAGGGUUUAGGCUGAAAACCCUGAAAAGGCAUUUAAAGGAAAAAGAAAGAUGGGGGUCUAAAGCAGCAGAGGCGCUGCAGAAGCAGCUGCGAGAGCAGCAGCAGCAAGAAGCAGCAGACAGCAAGUUGCUGCAGCAGCAGCUGCAGCAGAAGCAGCAGCAGCAGCAGCUGCUGCUGCUGCAGCAGAAGCACAUCGCCAAACAGUUCGACAAUGAAAUUGGAGACACGCAGCGGGCCAUGAAGGAGCUGCAGCAAAAGUGCAAUUCGCUGGAGGCCGAGUUUCUGUCGCUGCUGCAGUCCGUGCUGCAGCUGCUGCAGCAGCAGCUGCAGCAGCCAGCAGCAGUGGAGAAAGAACUUGCUGCAGCUUUUGAAAAACAAAUGCAGCAAAUUAAAAAUGAAGUUAUUUUUAAAAUUCAAAACUUAGAAACAAAAUCCGAAAAUAAAGAAACCCUCGGAGAUGCCUGGAGACAAAUCGGCAUGCAGCCGCCACACGCAGUCACCAAACUCGGCGUCUAA